UGAGGCAAUGGACUGAAUGAAGGAUGAAAAACUGGUGGUUAUAAAGAUGGCGCAGAGCGACGAGGAGAGGAAAGGAGGCGAGAAAAAGAGAGUUUGGGCGGGCGAGAAUGAUAAAGUUACAGUGCCAUCUGAAGCUGAUGUAUCCAACCACACCUACAAAAUUAUCCAUUGGGGAUUUUACGUCAAAACUCAAACUCCCGUCACCCUCUCCAUCUCCAUCUCCAUCUCCUAGUGCUCUUCUCCUUUGCACGAAUUUCAAAUCCAGCUUAACCUCAAAACCAGAUUCUAUCAAGUGCUUUUGUAACAAAACUGACAACACCCAACAAGUCUCUCCCUCUUCUCAGGGCUUCUCAGCACUGGCGGCAGAUAGUCCAUGGGACAUUGCAACUGUGUGGAGCACUCUGGCUUUCUAUAUCUUCAGUUUGCACAUUCCUCUUAGUUUUGGAGGUUUGUCUGUGGUUGCUUAUGUACUGAAUCAGCCUGUUCUUGAUCCACAGAUUGAGGCAAUAUCGUUGCUUGGAGCUCAGUUUCUAGAGCUCAUUGCAGCAAUGCUUCUUCUGCAGAGUACUGCUAAGCCACAGUAUAAGUUUGCGAACUUCUUCAAAGCUAACAAAUUGUCAAAAGAGAGGAGCUGGCUGUUGGUAUCAGCUGUAGGAUUUGGGUUUCUCUUUGUGUUGGUUUUCCUUACGUCUUUUCUUGCUGAUAGAUUCAUUGGUCCAAAGGAUAUAAACAACCCUGUACUGAAGGAAAUCCUGCUAAGCAGCGACAUCUCAAAAGCUGCAUGUUUCUUUGUAUACUGCGUUAUUACUCCCCUGCUGGAAGAGACUGUUUACCGAGGUUUUUUAUUGACAUCAAUGUCAUCCACCAUGAAAUGGCAGUCAGCUGUUUUGAUAAGCUCAGCUAUAUUUAGUGCAGCUCACUUCUCUGGUGAGAAUUUCCUACAGUUGUUUAUUAUUGGAUGUGUCCUUGGAUGCUCUUAUUGUUGGACUGGAAACUUGGGUUCCUCCAUUUUAAUACAUUCCCUUUACAACGCCCUGACCCUAAUGAUAACAUUCUUAUCCUAAGCUCACAUCUAAGUCUCAUGGAGAGUUUUGUCAUGUUUCUUGAAAGGGAACCCUAAUUUUGCCUCAGGUCAUUGACUAAGAGUUUUUAAUCACUGUAACCAUGGCAUCCUAGUUUUAAUCCCCAAAAACCAGUCUCUUCCUCUUUACUUUUAUUACCUUUUGUGACCGUAAAGAAAGCCUUAAGUUGAGACAGAGACACCCUGUCAAAAUUUACUUUGACAGCCCACCCAAAUUCAAAUGAAGCCGAAGGAGCGGUCCCAAUAAUUGUGCAUCGGCAACUAGUGCAUAGUUGGGUCGUGGUUUUCAAAUAAAGAAAAAGGAAAAAGACCCACAAUGACGCGUCUUGUUCGGGCCCAACAAUAAGUAAGUGGAAAGACACCUAAUGCUUAUUCCGCAAUCAACGUAAGCACGUUUACGAUGGAAGCCUUUCCUCGUUGGAUGGCCGCCACGUGUGCCCCUAUGAGUCAUUUGACUACGAUGGAUGCCUUUCCCCGUUGGAUGAUCGCCACGUGUGCCCCUGUGAAUCAUUGAUAUCUAGGUGACCACCACAUCUCCUCUUUCUUCUUCUUCUUCUUCUUCUUCUUCUUGUCUUCUCCUGUCCCUCUUGCUGUUUGUUGUAAAGCAGAAGCAACGCCCUGCUCUGAGUUUGUGCGAGACUAAUACAUAAGAAAGAAAGAGAAAUCAAGAGGAAGU